UAGUAAACGUAAAUAUUUUGAUUUUGGCUGCGGUUCGCGUUUCAUUCGGUCACAAUCGCGCGUUUUUCCUGUAGUUUAUUUCCGAUAUUUCUCACUUAUUGGACAAAAUAUUGAAAUACGUGAGUAAAGUUCCAUUCAAACAUUCAAACAGCUAUGGAGGAGUUAACCGGCGAUAUCAUCCAAUGGAAGAAGCUCUGGCAGCUGAUAUCCGGCAUCCACUAUGAAACCCCUAAUGGGGUGGUGCGGGACAAGCUACUGGAUGUUUCCAAAGAGCUUACUGAUGGAAUUUUGUUCUACAAGAAAGCCGACAAGACGUCGGCUGAUAAGCUGCAGAAAACGAUGAAGGAUCGCAACCAGGGGAAGUUGAUCGCCUUCGCCACCAAGCUGUAUCAGUAUUUGGAUAUUGAUGCGCUUCAAUCGUGGAACAUUCUCUGUUUCUACCUGGUCAAUGAGUAUUGCGGACCAGCUAAUGCUUUAGCAGAUUAUAUUUCUACCGAAAGUUCAAUGGUAACCCUGUUGAGUGAGAUUUGGUCUUACUACACGAUGGAACGGAUGGUGAUGCUGAAGAUUGUUAAGAAUUUGCUAGAAUUCUAUAGUUCUGGGAGCCAUCCCUACUCGAAGGAGUACAAACAUGUUAUCGAUAAGAUAGGGCUUGGUAAUCUGAGAAAAUCUUACAUCAAACAGCUAGAAUAUUUGAUCAAUGAAGAUAAUAUGCCCGGUAAACUGAUUCCGGGCGAUAUGUUUAACAGUCAUGCGAAGAUGGUUUGCUGGUCUGAGCGCAAAAUGCGGGAGAUGAGCGAAAUUCUGCACAUUCUUCUGUUAAUUGUCAAUUACGAUGGUAUUCCGGUAACGGAGUUUAUCCAGCUGUUUAAGCUCUUUAAAAGUCACUCUUUCGGUAGACAACAGCAGUAUUUGGACAGCACCAGUGAUGUCCAUAGCGAUAUGGUAAAACGGAUCACGUUCAGCCAAUUGUCCUUCAUUUAUAGGGUCUUAGACUUCACUGGAAAGGAACAGGAUAGCGAUUGGAUCAUUGAAGCGAUCAACAUUCUUGACAGAGAAUUUGUAUCCCUCCAUCAGUAUCCAGAACACGGUCCUUUGCUGUUGGUCUGGAUGUUGUUCAACUUCCGUUUACAGAGUAGACUUGAAGAUGACGACUUGUGUAACCGUUAUCGACAAUUUGGAUCCCGAGCUGUACAAUUGGGUGUGUUCGAAUACCUGCUCGCCUUAAUAUCUCAUCCAACUUUCAACGACCACAGUUUGGUGUGUCGAGUUACACGAAAAUCGAUAUUCAACCAUCUUAGCUAUCUUUGUCAAUUGUUCGAUUCAGAUGGUUCCGUUGCGAGUCACGCGAAAAUAAUCGAACUACUCAGCGAAUUGUUACAGAAUCCCUCGAUAGCUGUCGAGUUUUGCAAGAACGAAGACAAUCCUAUCCGAUCGUUGUACGAUACUGCAUUGGAAGUUUUUCCGGUUGAUUUUGUUCCUUUGGCCACAAUUGCUCACGCUUUGUCAUCGUCCGGUGCCAAUCAAGCAAAAUACAUUCAUCAGCAAUUGGAAAAUCUUCCUGUGUACAGUGAAGUGUUCAACUCUGACCGGUACGAGCUGCGACCUUCUGCUGUCAACGAAGACGAGUAUGUUCUAGGACAUGACUAUAUACCGUUCAGGAAGAUUGGCUUCAAGGUCAAAUGCGGUACGAAUGCGGUGGUUCUCGAUAAGCGAAACCAAACGAUGGUACACUUUAGGACCAAAUUCAAUUUUUACGAAGCACUUCAUCACGAAAUCAACGAGUUGCUGUCGGAUAUGUUGAACUACACGCAAGUGAACGAAGAGCGAAUCCGGAGAAUUGUUGCUGGAAUUCGUUACCUAGCGGUGGCCGUAAAGCGUAUUAAACAUCCGCAAGAUAUCAGCGCAGAAAUGGUUCACCCAACGGAAAUGGUUUUUGACAUUCUUAUCAAAUUCAAAGACAUACAUAAUCCACCCAUCGAGUUGAUCGCUGAAUGCUUAAACGUUUGUGCCUCGCUCGUUCCCCUAUUUGAGCAGGAAAUUUUUACCCGGGUCAUAAAUCUAAACAUUCUGCCUACAAUAAACAAUGCGAAUCUGGAUUUCAAAGACUACGCAGCCGGGACCAGCUUUGAAUCCAGCCGAAUCGGUUACUAUCUAGUUAAUUACGAGAAAAAUGCUGGAAAAUAUCGCAUCCUCAUGGCGUAUUUAGAAUUCUUGAAAACCUAUACAAAGCUGUCAAAAAGCAACGUUUUCGGCGUAGAGCUACCGGGGUUGAUAUUUUUGCUUCGGGAAAUUUUACCCCACGCCCACACAUGGAGGUUCGAAUGUGAAGCUGAAAGACAAAAAAUUUACGUGUUUAUUCUUCAAUAUAUUUUCGAGAUCUUACAGCUUAGUCCAGAAUUGCUAAAAUCGGACUAUGCCCGAACGGUGAUGAGAAAUGUUUGCAUCUACAGUCUGCUGGAUUUGGACAACGGAAUGACGCUGUUGAAAUUUGUUGGAGUUGGAAAUUCGUAUCUGCAGACGAUGAUGGAAAGCGAAUCCAACUGGAUGAUGGCACCGGAACAGAAUGUCAAUCAGAUGGUGCAGUUGUCGAUGACGAUUCUGAUGCAAAUUUUAAGGUUGAAACAUCUGGUGAUCAGUGAUGAAAAGUUGCUGUCCCCGCUGGAAUCGGCUAUUUAUACCCAACCCAAGCAACGAGAUACGUUACGUAUAAUUCCGGUGGUAACUGGAUAUAUGAAUAAUAUUUUUAACCGUCGUUUGCCGAUUUUGAGCUGCCGAUUGUUGCGACGAUUUUCAAUAGAAUUUAAAAUGUCUCUGCUAGCUUGUCUUGACAUGGAAUCGGACCAAAUUCGUAUGAUUUUCCUGCAACGGUUAAGAGAUGAUUUAGAAAAUGAUAACUUAAAAAUUGCUGUGCUGGAAUUUGUCGAAGCGUGUAUUCACAAGCAACCAGGUUUGACCGAAGCCUUUUUCAAAGUACAUUAUGACAAUAUUGAAAAUAGAUUGUUCCUGGGAGUAAAAACAAGCAAAAAGAAAAAUAUCAGUGACGGAAUUCCAACAUAUAUGGAAGAGUACCUGGAGGCGGUUUCUAAGGAUCCCAAAAAGUUGGCUAGCCCUCUGCUCUCCAGAAUUAUGUCCCUGUUUCACGCCCUAUGGAAAAACAACAUGCAAAUUUUAUGCAAAGAUCUGUUAGAAAAGAAAACUUUCUGGCAUUCGCUUUGUAAUCCACUGUUCGGAAAUAUCGGCGAAAGUAUUCGUGCCUACAGCCAGCUUUUCAACAUCUUGGGAAUCGAAUUGUUCAAAAUAGACAACCAUAGAAAAGUUGACGACGACCUGAAAAAAGUGUACGAAAAAUUCCUCGAUUAUGAUGUAUUUUCUCGCUGGGUUGAAGCAGUAUUCGAUAUACCAAAAACAAGCGGCGAGGUGAGUGAUGAUAGUGCAACUUUGUCCUCUGCUAUAACUGACGAGACUCCUGAAUGGCUCGCACGUUUGCAAUCGUUCAAAGAUCUGAUGGUCUUGUUGAUAAGGAAGAAAGAUUCCGGAAUAUACUUACCAGAUAAAAGCAAAAAGUAUCUUACUAACCAAUGUUUGAAUGUCUUGCUAAAAAGAGCCGAGUACUCCGAAGAUUUGCGACCAUUCGUUAUUCUGGCAGAACUUUACCUAGUUGUGCUGUCCGAUUACGAACAUAAAUACACGGAUGAUGCACACCAAGAUGAAGAAGUUCUUCGCGACAUUCAAAGUUUGCUGAACGCCCUUAAUAUUGGGUACAAAGAUAUGCAUAACCGUGCGAAGGAAUCCAUUCUAGCGAUCGGUAUCAAAAUCGUUGAACUUCAGGCGGAUCAAUUGAUCGAACUUGGAGCGAUAGUAUCGGGAAUCACUCGCUCCACCGUUGACAUCGUUUGUCAGGAAAUAUUUGAGUUAGAAUCUAGCACCAAACUAGAAAUAAAAUCCAAAACCACAACAGCCGCCGGUAAUAACGCACGAGUUCAAAUACCUUUGAUGCUGUCGUUGAAUUUGUUGAAAAAAAUCGUCUUUGUUUUCGAAGAAAACGAAUGUCCUGCCUCUCAAUGGCAAUGUUGGGUAAUUCGGAACAAAUUGUUCCAGCGACUGCUCAGUAUCACGAAUAUAAUGCUCCAGUUGUAUUCCAAACGUAAAGUAACUGUGGAAAUUCUGGAACUCUUGGUCAUUCUGGCUAAGAGUCGUUGUUCUGCGGAAAUGUUGCACUGUGAUAUCGGUGAUUACCUCUGGUUGAAACUUUUGCCUCCAAAGGAGCUUCUCCAGCGACCCUAUGUUAUACAAAAUGAAUCUGAUACCAAAUGGAGAACCCAGGACUGGUGGCCCAUCUAUACAAAGGGAAUCGAACUGGUUCGAGUUCUGUUAAACCAGCAUAAGCAUCGGUUCCUGAAAGAUGCCCUCUUUUUCGCCGGAAUACAUGAAGAAUAUUUGAUGGAUUCGUUACUGCUAGCUAAACAAUCGAUGGAAGCCAGUGCUGUUGCUCUCAUCCGGGGUACGCUUGAACUGCUUGGAGAACUGGUUAUUUACGAAAAGGAAUGGCGCUUGGAGCAUGGUCAAAGUUUGAUCAAUCUUAUGCGUUGCGUACAAGUGUUGAUGGAUCACUCGGUUUCGCUGCUUUAUCGACCGAAAAUCCUUAAACGCCUUGCCGAAGGACCCUCAGUUGAGCUGUCGAUCAACGAGCAUGAUGACCCGAAUGCAGUCGAUACGUCCGACGAGGUGGUAGCGGCUAUGAACAACAUGAUCGAUAUCAUAACGCUUUGUGCACGAUGUUUGCUGAAGUUUAGCCCGGAUCUGCUGCAUCUAUUGUGCGAUAUACACUUUUCUCCUAGCCAGUGGUACCCGCUGAUCGAAAUUCAGUUCGGGGUGCCGAAGAUGAAUGCGGAAAAUUAUUCACAGCUUAGCUUCGGUACUGUCCUAAGAGCUGUUUGCUUCUUUACUAAAGUACUGAAUGUGCAACAUUAUUCGUUUCAAGAAACACCUUUAAAUCAACUACCGGUUCAGAAAUCCAGUGAAGCAGACACCGUAGAUGCCACUCCAUCGUCGUUGUCAAAUUCAGCUUUGGCUCGUCUCAACCGGUCUGCACUAACGGCAGAAAACGGUGUCACCCGUCAGUCGAGUCCACGAACUCCUUUCUCAAAAUCACUUUCAAUGACCUCGGUUUCAAGUUUCACGUCCACUAAUGCAAUUGCUUUAUCGAAUGAACUGCUCACUCAUCUGGAUUCGAAGCAAUGUAUCAGUGGUUUGGAAUUUGUCCUCACAUUAUUAGCAUCCCAGAGUUUAUUGGCACUCAAAGAUAUCAACCUUUCGCAAAGGGAAAAGCAACUGAUUAAGCGAGAACUUAGUACUGAGUUGCUUACUUUCCACGACUUUGUCAAAAAACGAAUUCUUAAAGAUUCUAAAGAAAUUUUUGCCCGUAAAAAAUAUGGCUCGGUACCUAUCCUAAACGAUAAUACGGAUGACAACAACGAUGAUGACAAUGAAAACGAUCCAAGUCCAGGGACAUCCAAAAACAUUCCGGUCGUCGUGCCCAAAAAGCCCGAUCGAAGUCAGUCGAUGCGGGUGAACGUGGUUCGUAAACAACAUCUUCAGCAAGCAGGAACCACACCGUUCAGUCCCAUUGCAAACGCUCGUACCGAACUCAACCCAAACAAACCCAUGUCAUCGACCCCGACAGCCCCCCGAGGUAUACUGAAGCCAUCCAACACCGCUUCAAUCAAACGGGUAAUGUUCGACGAAGGUCUCGAGUCUACCAAAACCUUCGCCUAUUGUGGUCCCGAGGAUGAGCCUAUUUUCUAUGAACCGGAGGAGAGCAAAUAUACCGGGCUCUCCUACGUGAGAAUAGUCGAGGAGGAUUAUUUGCAUUUGCUUUCGAAUCUGUUCCUGAUUAUCGCUCAAAGUGAAAAUUGAAGAAAAAUGUUUGCUUAUUAAGAUGACUUUUGUUGUGUUCCCUAAUAAGAUUAAGAUGAUGUAGAAUUAA